AUGCAACUUCUAACUGGCAGUAAUAUAAGGUAUUCAUCGUAUUUCUUCACCUUCACAGAAGCAUUUGGCCAUGGGUUCAUCGGAAUCUACACUUUCAAGAAAGGGGACGAUGGAAUCACCACUGUCUGCGAGCGAUUAGAAAGCGUUGAUCCCGUUCUAGAGAAGCUUAAUUCGCUCCAAAUUGCAACUUCCAUAUUGACAUCUGAACCCUCAAAGAGUAGCUUGACAGAUGUUUUGGUCAAUCGACCCUCAACUUCCUCAAAUACAGUUAUUGUGGAUCCUAAAGUGCUAAUGGAAUUAUACACAACAUAUCAAGAAUGGCAAGAACAACAGGCUCACACCUCUAACAAAAGACAGGAAGAGGUGGAAAACAAAAUAGAAAUUGAAGAUGCUUUGGCAAUAAAAUUUCUUCAAACAUAUAAAUUCUAUCAAUGA